GCUCCGCAGGCCAUGGCGGGCGAGCUUGAGAGUUGCAAGCCUCUGAGCGGGCUGCUAAGCGGCCUAGCCCAGGAUGCCUUCCACGGGCACCCGGGCAUCACAGAGGAGCUGCUGCGGAGCCAGCUCUAUCCAGAUGUGCCGCCCGAGGAGUUCCGCCCCUUCCUUGCGAAGAUCAGGGGAAUUCUUAAGUCUAUUGCAUCUGCAGACAUGGAUUUCAACCAGCUGGAGGCAUUCUUGACUGCUCAGACCAAAAAGCAAGGUGGAAUAACAUCUGACCAGGCUGCUGUCAUUUCAAAAUUCUGGAAAAGCCAGAAGACAAAAAUCCGAGAGAGUCUCAUGAACCAGAGCCGCUGGGACAAUGGGCUUCGAGGCCUGAGCUGGAGAGUUGAUGGCAAGUCACAAUCAAGGCACGCUGCUCAAAUACACACCCCUGUGGCCAUAGUGGAGCUGGAAUUUGGGAAAAGUGGACAGGAAUCUGAAUUUCUGUGUUUGGAAUUGGAUGAGGUCAAGGUCAACCAAAUCCUGAAGAAGCUGUCAGAAGUAGAAGAAAGUAUCAGCACACUGAUGCAGCCAGCCUAACUGAAGGUGGUGUCAGGAAGCAUUGUUAAACAAAGGCGUCUGUGAUUCCUCUCCACUGACCUUUUCAUCCUGUUUCUCCAUGGGUAUUAAAUCCUCAAAUUAAAAUCUUGCCUGCCU